CUCCAGUCUAAAUAUAUAUAUGUACACAUGCUGGUUGUCUCCAACCUACAGCUGCCUAAUAAAAUCCAUCUUGGGGUAAUUGCCUCCUCCCAGGGUCAAGGCAAGCUGUUCCUCAAGCAUUCUUCUAGAUCAAAAAGGCUGACUGGAUGUAAGAAAUUAACAAGGAUUGGAUGACAUUUGUUUUCUACUGAAGGUAUCCAAGACCAUUUCUCACAACAUAAGUGGAGCUUUCCAGAAAACAACACAAUGGUGAGGAAUGUGGAUGACUUUGAUUUUAGCCUUCCAUCCCAUCCUCAAUCCAUUCUGGAAGGACUGCAGGCCCUGCGCUCCAACCCCAAACUCUCAGAUGUCACCUUGAUUGUUGAGGGGCAUGAAUUCCCCUGCCAUCGUAGUAUCCUGGCCCUCUGCAGUCACUAUUUUAAUGCCAUGUUUGCUGGUGACUUCAUGGAAAGCUUUUCAGCCCGCGUAGAGAUCAAAGAGGUGGAUCCUGCUGUUAUGGCAUCUUUGAUUGACUUUGCUUACACAGGGAAGGUGACCAUCAACCAAGGGAAUGUGGAAGCCUUAAUUCGGACUUCUAACCAAUUGCAUUUCCCCAUCAUUCAGAAAGUCUGUAGUCGGUAUUUGAGACAGCAGAUGGAUGCAACCAACUGUUUGGGCAUUUGUGAGUUUGGGGAAUUGCAUGGUUGCCCAGAAGUGUCAUCCAAGGCAUGGUCAUUUCUGCAGGAGAAUUUUGAGCUUGUGUCUCAACAGGAGGAGUUCCUUCAGCUAUCCAAAGAAAGGCUGGUUACCUAUCUCUCCAAUAACCUACUCCAAGUCCAAGAAGAGCAGAGCCUAGUUGAGGCUGUGCUCAGGUGGGUGAAGUAUGAAAAAUCAGAUAGAGCCAUGCACCUUCCGGAGCUCCUUGACCUGGUACAUCUGGUCUCAUUGCCAGAUCAGUAUCUACAGAAACUUUUGUCAUCGGAACCACUGAUUCAGGAAUCGGAAGCUUGCAAGACCAUCAUCACCAGGCAUCGCAGUACGGUGGAGAACAGGCCAUUCGUCCAGCAGAGACUGAAAGCUCUUCCCCAAAAGCUUGAGGAGGUGCUUGUGGUGGUAGGAGGCAGAGCUCUGGAAGAGAAUGAAGAAGAUGAGGGAGAUGCACAGCCACCACCAAUCUCCAGGAACUUUGCAUUUUAUAACACAAAGAAAAAGAGAUGGAUUGCUCUGCCUGAUUUUCCAGAUUACAAUAAAUGGGGCUUUUCUAUGAUUGCACUCAAUAAUGAUGUUUAUGUCACAGGUGGAUCCAGAGGUUCACAGAAUGACACAUGGUCCACAACCCAGUCCUGGUGUUUCUGCCUCAAGAAGGGUGCCUGGAAGCCCAUUGCUCCAAUGCUGAAGCCCCGAACGAACCAUGCCAGUGCUGUCCUCAAUGGAGAGAUCUAUGCCAUUGGUGGCACCGCUGUGGACGUUGUGGAGGUGGAGUGCUACGAUCCUUAUAACGACAGCUGGUGUUUUGUCAGCCCUGCCCUGAAGUAUGUCAGCAACUUUGCCAUUGCCGGGUGUCUUGGGAAGCUGUACCUCAUUGGCUCGUGUGCUGUCAAAUACAAUGCAUUAACCCUGCAGUGUUACAACCCUGCAAUAGAUGUGUGGAGUGUCAUUGCAUCCCCCUUCAUCCCAAAGUACCUCUCUGCUCCCCGCUGCGCAUCCUUGCAUGGAAUCAUCUACCUUAUUGGUGACAACACAAAGAAAGUCUAUGUGUACGACCCAGAUGCUAACAUAUGGCAGAAGGUACAGCAGCUUCACACCCUACAUGAAAAUGGAAGUAUGGUGCCUCUUGGAGGUAAACUCUUUGUCACAGGUGGACAUUGGAAAGGGAUGGAUGGAGACUAUCAGGUGGAGAUGGAAAUUUAUGACUGUGCCAAGGAUGUCUGGACAAGGGAAGGGGCCCUCCCAUGCUUAUGGCUCUACCACAGCUCCUCUUCUAUCUUCAUGGACACUUCAAAGUGGAGGGAACCUUUCCCUGGAAACAAUUUGUGACUGGAGGGAAUGGGCAAGACCUCACAUCUUAACUGCUCCUGCCAGAAGUUUGGAAAGGGAACAGACCUUUUUCCAGUAUCACAUUUUUUACACUUAUUUUUUCUUCACCUUCUUAUUCAGACUGCAAUAACUAUUGUUUUCUUCUUCCAUCCCUUUGAGGUUAAACCAACUUGCUCAUAGAUUAUGAUAAAUAACUCUGGUUAUAGAUGUGGCAUUAAGGCACCAGUAGUGAACAUGGAAAUAUAGGAUUAGAAAGCUAGUGAAGACGGGCGUGGAGAUGGUUAAAACAUAAACCUGACAAUGAACAUAUAGAACAAAGUGCUGUUUAUUGCCACAGAUAAAGCACUAGAUACACACUAUUAGAUGAAGGCCUAGUUCACAUGUUACUUUCAGCUGCUGCUUUUGCUCAUGGGAGCAUCAACCCACAUAAGCAGUGUAAUCAUAAAUGGUUGAACAAGAAGCCUGCAGAUCUCAGCUGCAGAAACUUCUGCAGUUUCUAAAACUGAAUAAUGUACCUUCUAGAAAGUUACCACAACUGAGAACUAUCAGCUUCCAGUGCAAGUUGAUAUUCCAAUACAUUUUCUAGGAUGAAUAUAAUGCUCUAGUAAAUGACUUCCAUGAGCAAAAAGAGACAAUCUUGCACAUAGUUUAGCAUGCUUAAGCCCAUUUACUUCAGUAGGCUUAAGCAUGCUUAAUUCUGUUUUGGAUUGUGACCAGUGCCUGAAAGGGGCCAAAUGUAACAUGAAACAGCACUAAAACUAGACAUCUCUGAGUGUUAAUUCGAGGUCAUGGUGACAAAUGUUGGUGAUGACAUUGGUCCAUUUAUUUGGGAAAGGUGCUUCUCUAGGUAAUCUGGAAUUCUUAUUUAUAUACCUGUAUUUGUUGUUCUAGUAUUAUUUCUGUACUUAAUGAAGCACAUUCCUGCUCACUUUACCUUGAAUAAGGAUUGCAUUAAUUGUUUCUGUGCAAGGGAGAAUGACAUUUUAUUUUCUUGCUGCUGGUCACCAUAGUUCUUCACUAUGAUCAAGACAUAUGAGAAUAACUGCAUUUUGUUACAAUAAAUGAUGCAACCUUAAAAAAAACUUUCAUUGGUAAACUUUCAUUGGUACUCAUUGGCUUGAGUAACAAUUUCCUUUUAAAUGCUGAACAGUGAUUGAAGUCCUCUUCCCAGCCUCAUGAUGUUUUUGUAUGAAUGAAAUUAAAUAUAUUUUGCUAAUUAGUGGCACCACAACUCACACAGAAGUUAUUUUUCUUUUGAGAGAAGUUGUAUUUUGGGAGGGCAUUGUUUGGGAAUAGAAACACAUAGCAACUUUUGGACAACACUGGAUAAAGUUAGCCUGUAUAAUCUCUUCCUUUCAAAGUAGUUGUUAGCUUAGUUUUUUAACAGCCCCUCUUCUAGUUGUAUUGAGAGUCCUGGAAAGAUCUCUUUAAAUAUCCUUUUUCUUGUCAGAAAACAACAUGCUGUGGUGGUCUGAUCUAAACGUGGUUCAAACGAUUUUCUAGAGGACCAGAACCUAGCCAACUUACAACAGCAAACCAGAGCCAAUAUAAAAAGUAGCUUACAGACAGGCAUUUGACUUUUUUUUAUUACGUUAAAGUAAUUGUGUGGUCAAAGGUGGAUUGACAGUUGAGUACUUCUGUUCAGUAAUACAGCAAAUGGAAAACUCAGUAAGCUCUGCAGAGCACCAAAUUCUUCAUAACUAUCUACUAAGAUAAUUAUAACUGCAUAUUUACAUACAGCUGAAUCCUAUGCUUGUCUACAAGGAGGUAAGUCACACUAAAUGUAUUACCCUAAUCCUAACCACCUUGAGCCAUUUUUGGAAGGGCGGUAUAGAAAUCUAAUUAAUUUAAUAAUGAUGAUGAUAAUAAAAUAAAUAAAUAAAUAAAUAAAUAAAUUCAGUGAGAUUUAUUCCCAAGCAAGACUGCUUUGGAUUGCAGCCUUUUCCUAUAAAGAUCAAUGACAAGAGUUUGAAUAAGUGGCAGAGUCCGCUAAAUUCAUUUAUUUUGAAUUACAAAAAACCUAGAAUUCAAUUUAAAGUUAUGCAGGAUCUAAAAGAGAGAGGAGGGCUAGCCGUUCCGAAUUUGAAGCUUUAUUAUUAUGCCAGCUGCCUGACUUGGAUUUCUGAUUGGAUUACAACCCCUCAUGGUAGUUUUGCCAGUAUGGAGAGCUCUGGUCUUUCCUGAGGACUGCAUAAUUUUCUGUGGGUAACCAGUAUGAGAAAAGAUUUGGAGAUACAACAACGUGCUAUCAGACAAAGUCUUUUUGGUGUUUGGGAUAAAUACCAAAAAAUAAUAAGUCCAAGAUUAUCUCCUUUGGCCCCAGUUUUGAAUGUUUACUUUUAUGAAGAAGAAUCUUCUUAUAAGUACAAAUUUUGGAAAGACAAUUUAUAUACUUUGCAAAGUUUAACUCAAGACUUAAUGCAGACCAAGUCAGAUUCUGAAUCUCAACAACCACCUUGGGUUCAACAGGUCCAGAUUAGUUCGAUAGUAUGGAAAGAGUUACAAAUACAAGAUAGAAAACUUAGAGAACUGAUUGACUUCGAAGACUUAAUUAGCCAAAAUAAGGACCGUUUGUUAGGAAAAAUAUAUAACCUGUUGCUGAAAUAUGAGACAGAGAUGGAGCAGGUUAAAGAGUGCAUGAUAAAGUCGAUGCAGAAUUUCCACAGGAUGAUUGAUUUUUCUGACUGGGAAUACCAGUGGAAAAGAAACGUUAAAUUUACAAUGUGUUAUAACCUAAGGGAAAACUGGUAUAAGAUUUUUUCAGAUGGUACAUGACUCCCCUGAUAAUUAAUAAGAUAUAUAAUUCAUUCUCAAAAAACUGUUGGAAAUGUAAUUACCAACCAGGGUCAUUUUUCCAUAUGUGGUGGACCUGUAAUAAGGCUCAAUUGUAUUGGAAGCAAAUUCAUGAGAAAAUUUAACAAAUUUUAGAGAUUAAAUUUCCUUUUUUACCAGAAAUCUUUCUUUUAAGUAUGACAAAACAUUAUAUUCCUUCUAAAUGUAAUGCGCUGUCUUUAUAUAUGAUUACUGCAGCCAGGAUUUUAUAUGCUCAUAAUUGUCAUGUUUCUGAAGUCCCCUCUUUAAACGAUUGGUUUUUUAAAUGAUGGGAUUAUGCCUCAAUUUCUAAAGUUUCAACUUAUAUGAAUGAAGUCUCAACUGAGUCAUUUAUGUCAACUUGGGAUCCCUUUAUAAACUUUAAUAUCCAACAAAAACAUCAUUUGUUCCCAUUGUCUGGAUUUGAUUUGUGAAGCUUUAUGUACCCAGCUUUAAGCAACCAAGUGUUGAUCAGAUGUAAUCAAAUGUUGAUCACUGCUGCCAAAUUUUCUUAGAACUGUUAAUAUAUUCUAAAUGUUUUCUUUCUAGUACUUGCUUAAAGAAAUAUCAUGACACUGUU